AUGUCCCAAGAAUACCGAAGAUCAAGUACUGCAGUGAAACAAAACUAUUACGGGGAAGGACGUGGCAGUCAUUGCAGCGGAACCAUAAAAAUACCGCUUCAACAUACAAUCAGCACGCGCAAACGAGCAAAUAGAACUUCACUGGGUGGACAGCUUUUCCUCUGCAUGAUUGGAUCACUACUCAGCUUCAGCAUAUGCAUAUGGCUAACAGUGUUCAGUCAAGAUGUUCAGUGGAGAAGAUUACUAUUUGCUGCUGGUGCUGCACUGUGUGCCUUUUUAUUUGCUGUACUUGCAGUGCAAACAAUGAGAAAGGCGAAACGAUCACUCCCAGAAGUAAUUAUACCGAAUUCAGCAGCUCGACGCUCAACUAUUGUAAGGAUAUCCAGGAAAUCAAUGUGUGAAAGCAAUCUGAGUCAAGAAGAAAGUGGUACUAGCAAUUCGCAACCUCUGAAUUCAAUACUACAAGAAGCUACCACGAUGGUCGAAUGA